AUGCGCCUCGGCCCGCUCGUGAUCUACGACGAGGACAACGGCAUCGUGCGCGCAAUGCGCAACAUCCCGGGCGUGGAAACUAUGUGCGUGACCCGGAUGAAUUUGCUGAAGCUUGCGCCAGGUGGCAAUUUCGGCCGCUUCCUCAUUUACACCGAGGGCGCCAUGAAGAAGCUCGACGAGAUGUAUGGCAGCCUGACCACGCCCUCGCAGAAGAAGGGCUACACGAUCCCGCGGGCGCAGAUGGAAAACGCGGACGUGGCGCGCAUUAUCAACAGCACCGAGGUGCAGUCCAUCCUGAAGCCGAAGUUGGACCCCCCAAAAAAGUUUGCCGUCAAGAAGAACCCGCUGGUGAACUCCGCGAUCAUGGCCAAGCUGAACCCUGGGGUGCUGCACAAGCGGGCCCUGAGGGCCAAAAGCCACGAGAAGGGCACCCCAGAACAGGGGCUGGUGCAGGCGAAGAAGAAGGCCCGCCUCGCGGCGGCAAAGUCUCAUAGCAAGGAGUGCAAGAAGGGCGAUUCGACGUACUACAAGACGCUUAUGCAGGCCUUCAUGGACAAGGCACCGUGGUCUCGGAGAAGAGGAAGACGACGAGGAGGGCGCCGCCGAAGAGGAGGAGUGAGGCGCCGCGCGCGCAGCAGCAGAGGGCUCAGCCCCGCGGAUGGCAGAGGCAGCGCGGGCGUCUCG